ACUUCCUUUUUCCUGUCCUUGGCGCAUCAAGAGCCUCGCUCUGCAGGAUAAACACAUGGCUAAACUAAGUAAAGAGACCAAACAGCGACUGCAGCAGCUGUUCCAGUGCGGCCAGUUUGUCAUCCGAUGGGGUUUUAUCCCAACCGUACUGUAUCUUGGGUUCAAACGCGGAGCUGAUCCAGGAAUGCCUGAACCGACAGUCUUGAGUUUGCUAUGGGGCUGAGGAACAUCUUCACACAGCCUAUCCCCUCACUUCACUGAGACCAUGUGAUCUGUCAUCGGACGACCAGGAGCUGGACUUCAUUUCUCACUUUCUUACAUAAGUCAUACUGCCCAGUGUUGGAAAAAUAAUGAAUGAAUAUGUGACGGGAAGCAUUCAUCUGCAGAGCAUGGCUCCCAUCUGGCUAAAAUGUUUUGUUUUUCUUUGUGGAUGUGUAAGGUUUGGUUAGAGUAUGUGGUUCACGUUUUCUUUUUAUUUGUAACUUAAAUGUCUGAUAAUAAAUCCUCAAAGGAAUGGCA